CACCGAUCGUGAACACUCGCUGUGCUGCUAUAAAGCCAGGUCUAAAAAGUAGCAAAGGAGCGCUCGUAACGGUUGCUGCUUAUAUACACACUAGCAGGGAGAACUUGUCGGGACGAGAGCAAGCAGACGAUUAUGAUCCGAGUUAGUCCGUUGCCGAUGCUUGGUGGUGGCACGUCGAGUCUUUCCGUUCUUGCCACUUGUGGUUCUUCCAUCGCGAGUAGUGCAACCGUGCAGGGCGGACCGCAACCGACAACGUGAAUUAUUCGCGAUACGUCGUGUUUCGUGUUUCGAAAUAAUAUUUGAGCACCCGAGAUAACGUGUGGAAUCACUCGUUUCCGCCCGUAUCAUUUCCUGGCUGAUGCAGAACGAUCCGUUCGGCUCCGCGUAAUGACAGCCACCAGCUGAAGGUAAAUUGCUCUCGAGAACCACGGUGCGGGAUAAUCGUCAUGGACCUUACUUCAGAAAGCAACGGAAAUGGAACCGGUAAUGGCGUCCACAGGGGCACGAAAGGUGACCUCGACAAUGGCAACGACACCGCAUGUAUGUCGUAUCUUUCGAAACUGGCUGCGAUGGACAUUGAAUUCAACGAUGUGACAUAUUCAGUGAACACUGGUUCAAAAAAAACAACGAUGCUUCUGGGGGGACUUAGCGGGCAGUUUAAGUCGGGUCAACUGACGGCGAUUAUGGGUCCUUCCGGUGCCGGAAAAUCGACGCUACUUAAUGUUCUCGCAGGAUACAAAUGCACAGACAUAGGUGGCUCGAUAAGUAUCAAUGGACAACUGCGGGACAUGCAGGAGUACAAGAAGAUGUCGUGUUAUAUCAUGCAAGAGAGUAUCACACAACCAAAUCUUACUGUUUUCGAGGCGAUGUCUUUCGCCGCUGACUUAAAGAUCGGUAAAAGGAAAUCGAAAUCUCAGAAACGCGCUAUUAUAGAUGAGAUUCUAAGUAUUCUUAGAUUAACCAAAACAAGAAAUGCGAUCACGAACAACCUCUCGGGUGGUGAAAAAAAGAGAUUGACCAUUGCACUCGAGCUCGUGAAUAAUCCGCCUAUUAUUUUUCUCGAUGAACCAACUACUGGACUGGAUGAGGUCUCCGCUGCCCUGUGUGUUGAUGUUCUCCAGAAGCUGGCACAUUUUGGACGGACUGUUGUGUGUUCGGUGCAUACGCCUAGCGCAAGCGUAUUUCAGAAAAUUGAUCACGUCUAUAUUGUGGCGAAAGGACAAUGCGUUUACCGGGACACCGUAAGCAACAUGGUGCCGUUUGUGCAAAACAUGGGCUUAGAAUGCCCGAGUCAUUACAAUCCGGCGGACUUCAUAAUAGAAAUCUCAUCUGGCGAAUAUGGUUUCGAUAUGGUCCAUCAGAUGAUUGAGAGCGUAAACACGAAUCUACCCCUGCUUCCGAUUUUGCGAUCAAAGAACGAAUUUAAAUUCGACAGGAAGACUUUUAAAAUCUCACGGAUAUAUCAAUUCAACACGCUAGUAAAGAGAAUGUUACUGCAGCUCUAUCGAAAUAGAGUUACUGUGUACCUGAACAUAUGGCUACACUUGUUUAUGGGAAUAACCAUCGGUGCAUUAUUUUUUAAUUUAGGCAACGACGGCUCCAAAUACAAGGCCCUUUAUAAUGUUGGCUUUUGCAUAGUAUGCAUGGUGAUAUUUUCAUAUUUUCCUCUGCUACCGGUGCUGUUAAAGUUUCCUACGGAAAUUCAAACCAUGAAACGGGAAUAUUUUAACGGAUGGUACGAUUUUAGCGCGUAUUAUUGGGCUAUAGCAGUAAUCGGUAUACCUUUUCAGAUAUUCUACACAGCUAUAAUUAUCUCAAUAGCAUACUUUGCCACGGGGCAGCCUCUGGAAUUGCAGAGAUGCUUCAUGUUUUUCAGCGUUUGCUGUAUGUGUGCUUUCAUCGCGGAAAGCAUAGGACAAAACAUUGCCAGCAUAUUUAAUACAGUAAAUGGUCUGUUUACCGGAUCCGUAUUAUUUUGUCCUUUGUUGCUACUCGCGGUGCAAGACAUCAGCGAGUCAAUCACUCCAGUAUCAAUUCACCGGGCGAUUUUUACACAUACAAGUUAUAUCCGGCAUGGUUUUGAGGCUAUCACACUGGCUCUGUAUGGUUAUGACAGAAAGAAACUAUUUUGCCCCUUAGAAGAAAUUUACUGUCAUUACAGAACGCCUCAGACAAUCCUAAAAAUUAUAGGUAUGGGAAAUCUCGAUUUCUGGAUAAAUAUGCUCUGCCUUUUCAUCGUCUUAUUAUUUUCUAAAGGGAUCACGUAUUGUUUUCUGAGGCACAGGGUGCAACCAAACAAAACUUUCCAAAUGAUCCAAUUCAUAAGAAAAUUAGUCAAGCACUAUUUCAAUCUGUGAUUUUAGUACAUUCAAUUUUCACUCAUAUUAUGGUGUGACGACAUAUCCCUUACGGAAAUGUAACAACUGGAAAUGUGAAAAACACUGAACAAUUAUUAGAGUUCAGUAAUUGAAUUAUUAGAAAUUUUUAAGUACAGUAAUUUUCUACAAUAGUAGUUAUUUCGCUUACAUUUUUAUGAGGGAACCAUCGCUUGAUGCUCUCUAAAUAAAACGCAUUCGCGUGAACUUGAAUUAUUUUUGCGAUAAAAGUACAAAGUUGUUAACAAUAUGUUGAAAACGUGAUAUUAUUAUAACUAAAAUAAUUAUAACUAAAAUAGAAAAGAAAGUAGAAUAAUAGUAGAA